AUGGGUCCUUCUUACAGAUCAAGAAAAACAAGAAGCACUGGAAAAUCAUCGAGCAGAAGAAAAGCCCUCAUCAAAAAACGGGCCAAAAAAUCAAAGAAUCAAGAAAGUUGGACCCUUUUGCCAGAUAUUCCGAAAGCCUUUGAUAAUAAAAAUGUCGAGAAUGAAGAAGUUUUGUCGGGCUGCAAUUGUUCGACUCCGAAAGCCGAAAGAUUUAGAAUACCGGAGAUCAAAACUUGUCCACCGGCACCAAAAAAGCGCCGAAUUUCGGCAAAUUGUUCUUCGAGGAGAACAUCUAUCACGUUUUUCAGCCAUCCGGAAAUCGAGCUUUUAUUCAACUUUGCUCUUUGCGGGAUCCCGGUUUAG